AUGCCUUACAAAAGAACUUACAAGAAGAAAAACACAGCCACCAGCGAAAGGGCUGCUGCCGAAGUAGCUCACGAAGAUACUAUUCCGACUCAGGCAACAGCUCCAACCGCCUCUACCGUUACACCUCAUAAUGCUUCAGAUAGGGAUGGCCAUUUUCUGAAAGACUGUCUGUCAGCCAGGCAGGGUACUGGGGGUAAUAUUACGCCAUCCAUAAAUUCAGCAGUCCCUCGUAAUAAUCAGGCCCAGCAGGGGAACAAUGCAGCUAGGUCUGGAAACACCAGCGGGGGGCGAAACCGCAUGUAUGCAUUGACAGGCCGUCAGGAUAUAGAAACUCGAGCAGAUGUUGUUACAGUCGUUGAAGUCAAGGAGAAACAAUUUAGUGAUCCCUAUUUAUUACAGCUGAAGGAAGGGAUUCCCAAGCAUAAGACAAUGGCUUUUGAACAAGGAGGAGAUGAUGGUACCUUAAGUCUUUUUACUGUGCUAAAGCUACUAAACGCUGUAGUAGCCUGGGAGCAUGAACAAUUUUCAAGGUUGAGAGUCACUGCAGCAACACUUUCUGAACUUUCUGCAGCACCUGAAUUACUGGAAAGCACGGGGGUCCGGCUAAUAACAGGUUGCCAGUGUGACAUUCGAUCUGCUUUUGUUGUUGGUUCUAGGAUCAUACUUGAUUACACUUUUCAGUUUUCUUUUUAUCACCAGCAGGGCAUUUGUAGAGAAAGUGAGCAACGAGCGUUGGAGAGCUUGAAGAAAGAAGUAGAUAAUCCCUCAGAUCUUCCCUCUUCUUGGGUUGUUGGAAAAGAUUGUUGUGAAUGGGAAGGGGUCGUGUGCAACAAUCUAACUCGUCAUGUGAUUGAGCUACACAUAUGGGUAGAAUCGAGAUUCCAAAGGAUCAAUAGCCUUGAGGGGCUGCCAAGUCUUUUGAAUCUUGAGAAGCUGGAGAUGAGCAACGUGGAUCUUAGCAAUGCUACUGAAUGGUUACAGGUUAUUAACAUGCUUCCUUCUCUGGUUGAUCUUCGUUUAUACAAUUGUAGUCUUCAUCAUAUAACACCCCUACUUCAUCACAAUUUUUCUUCACUUGAAACCCUCGAUCUUUCUUGGAACAACUUUAGUUCUCCUAUUCCCAAUUGGGUUUUCAACCUCGCCAGUCUCGUUUCUCUUAAUUUCAGUAGUAGUAAAUUUACUGGCCCGUUUCCUGACGGUCCAGUUAACUUGACUUCUCUCACAUCCUUCAGGGCUUCUGAUAACUCUUUCAAUUGUCUUUUACCCACGUGGUUGUUUGAUCUAAAUAAACUUGAAUAUAUUGAUCUCAGUGGGAGUGGACUUAAAGGUGCAAUACCGAGUAAGAGCGAAAACAUAACAAAACUUAAACAUCUCUAUCUUUCUGAAAAUAACCUCAACUCCACUAUACCAAAUUGGUUCUACCGAUGCAAAGAUCUAGAGUCAAUUUACCUUAGUGAAAACCAUCUUGAGGGAGUAGUUUCAAGUCUGAUUUCAAAUUUGAGCUCAUUAACUCGUAUUGACCUUUUAAAUAAUAUGCUUUCUGGAAAGUUACCAAAUGUAAUUGGAAAGUUGGAGAAAUUAGAAUAUGUUGUUCUCUCAGAUAAUUUAUUUGAUGGAGAAGUAUCUGAAUUAUUCAACGGUAGGAGUAAUUUCAUUUCAGCGGAAAUUGGAAAUAGUUCUUCUUUGAGGGAAUUGAGACUAGAAAACAACAAACUCACCGGAACUCUUCCAAAAAGUCUCGGCCAACUUUCAAUGCUAGAAUACUUUUUCAUCUCUAACAAUAGGUUGGAAGGUGUUGUAACAGAAAGUCAUUUCUCUGAAUUAAUGCAAUUAUCAUACUUCUCUGCUUCUAGAAAUAAUCUGACUCUAAAAGUGAGUGAAAACUGGAUUCCACCUUUUCAAGCGACGAGGAUUCAAAUAGGCGGCUGGAAUAUAGGCCCUUUGUUUCCCAUGUGGCUCCGAACUCAGAAGUUGAUAUGGGAAGUUGACAUAUCAGAUGGUGGAAUAGAAGGUGAGGUUCCAACUUGGUUUUGGAACUUGUCUUCUCAAAUUCGAUUUCUCAAUCUUUCUCACAACCAAUUUGUUGGUGAGGUUCCAAUCAUCGCAACACCUUCUUGGUCAGAUGGACAAGGGGGUCCUUGGUUGAUGUACUUGGGUUCCAACAAUUUUAGUGGACCACUGCCAUUGAUUUCAACCAUUGUAACUGAGCUAGAUCUCUCGAACAACUCUUUUUCAAAAGGUUUAUCUAACUUUUUGUGUGAAGCAAAGAAUGGAUCUUAUAAGUUGGAAAUUUUAAACCUCGGGGGAAACGAUUUAUCAGAAGAAAUUCCUGACUGUUGGAUGAAUUGGCCACAGUUGACAGUUUUAAUCAUGAGGGACAAUAACUUGAUUGGAGGCAUACCGAGAUCCAUGAAGGUUUUGAGUAAUUUGCGAUCCUUGGACUUUCGAAGAAAUAGACUUAAUGGUCCAUUUCCUUCAUCCUUGGGAAACUGCACAAAACUGCAUAAAAUAGAUUUAGCUGAGAAUGAAUUUGUUGGGAAAUUACCAUCUUGGUUGGGAUUGAGGUUUCCAACCUUGAUAGUCCUUAUCCUUCGGUUCAAUAAAUUCGAUGGUGAAUUGCCUCAACAACUUUGUCACCUCAAAGAUCUUCAGAUCUUAGACCUUGCAAACAAUACAUUCACUGGAAUCAUACCAAGGUGUAUUAGCAAUUUCAGUGCAAUGGUCAAAGGAAAAACGGAAGUGGAAGAUUAUUUUGAUGAGUUAAAUUAUUCCUAUUAUAUUGGAGUUUUGAGAGAGAGCGCAAUGGUGAUGACUAAAGGCAACAUGUACCAGUAUGACACCAUUUUGGUGUUGUUUACAAGUAUGGAUAUGUCUAGCAAUUAUCUUUCUGGAGAUAUUCCUACAAGUCUAACACGUCUUGAAGGAUUAAAAUCGUUUAAUUUUUCCAAAAAUAACCUAACUGGUAGGAUUCCAAAUGGCAUUGGGGACAUGAAAGCAUUGGAAUCUGUUGAUCUUUCGGAAAAUCAACUUUAUGGUCAAAUCCCACAAAGCUUUUCGAGUUUGUUCACUUUGAGCUACUUGAAUCUAUCUGAUAACAAUUUAUCAGGUAUGAUACCAUUGAGCACUCAACUUCAAAGCUUUGAUCCCACGAGUUUUCAAGGAAACAAACUCUGCGGGCUUCCACUCUUGGUGAAUUGCAGUUCAGGUGGUAAAACUCCAAAUCAUGAGUAUGAAGAAGAUGAGAGUGACAAAGAUGAAGUGGAUUGGUUCUACAUUUCAAUGGCAAUAGGAUUUGCACUAAGCUUUUAG